CGUCGUUUUGUCAGCGGAACUCUGAUGUCCUGUUUCCCUCGAACUGGAGUUUAAAGAAUACAACAAAGAUGGCCUCACGGACGUUGAAGGCGGUUCGAUGCCCAACAGAAGAGCUGUCUCUGACCAACUGUGUUGUCCUUAAUGAAAAGGAGCCACACCUGGAGCAACACGUCAGCGUMUACAACAAACACGAGUACGUGUUCACCGUGAGGAUGCAUCCCGAAGUGAACGUCGGCUGCAUUGCUUUCAGCCUGCCGCAGAGAAAAUGGGCAGGCAUUGUGCUUGGAGAUGACUUUAAAGUAACAAACUACAAGUUUGACAAGUCCAAAGGCUGCAUCAGCAACAUGACGGUGGAAAUCGACUUCCUGCAGAAGAAGUUUGUGGACAGUAGCCCCUACGACUCCGACAAGAUGGCCAAAGAGUUCCUGCAGCUCUUCAACAACCAGGCCUUCACCGUGGGACAGCAGCUGGUGUUUAGUUUUAUCGAUAAGCUCUUCAACGUUGUGGUGAAAGAUAUUGAAACGAUGGAUGCCAGCAUCCUAAAGGGAAAACCUGCGUCUGAGGAUUACAGAAAGAAGGUUGGUUUGUUGCUGGCCAACAGUCAGGUGAUUUUUGAGAAGUCGGACAACUCAGCCAUUUUAUUGACAGGCUGUAAGCACGUGAAAGGAAUCCUGCUCUACGGACCCCCAGGCUGCGGUAAAACCCUCAUGGCACGACAGAUCGGCAAAAUGCUGAAGGCCCGGGAGCCCAAGAUUGUCAACGGCCCCGAGAUUCUCAACAAGUACGUCGGCGAGUCCGAGGCCAACAUCAGGAAGCUGUUUGCUGAUGCAGAGGAGGAGCAGAAGAGGCUCGGCGCCAACAGCGGCCUCCAUAUCAUCAUAUUCGAUGAGAUCGAUGCGAUCUGCAAGCAGCGCGGCAGCAUGGCCGGCAGCACCGGCGUCCACGACACGGUGGUCAACCAGCUGCUGUCCAAGAUCGACGGAGUGGAGCAGCUCAACAACAUCCUGGUCAUCGGCGAGCAACACAGUGGAGGUCGAUAUUCAGACAGCAGAGAAGCUGCAGGUCAGCAGACUAGACUUCAUGGCUUCACUGAAUAACGACAUCAAACCGGCAUUUGGAACCAACCAGGAGGACUACGCCAGCUACAUCAUGAACGGUAUAAUCCGGUGGGGAGACCCGGUGUCGGCGGUUCUGGAGGACGGGGAGCUGCUGGUUCAGCAGACGAAGAACAGCGAUCGCACGCCGCUGGUGUCUGUGCUUCUGGAAGGCCCACCGAGCAGCGGCAAAACAGCGCUGGCAGCUAAGAUCGCAGAAGAUUCCCAGUUCCCUUUCAUCAAGAUCUGCUCUCCUGACAAGAUGAUCGGACAUUCUGAGAUCGCAAAGUGCCAAGCAAUCAAAAAGAUAUUUGAAGAUGCCUACAAAUCCCAGCUGAGCUGCGUCGUUGUAGACGACAUUGAACGCUUGUUGGAUUACGUUCCGAUUGGGCCUCGUUUCUCCAACCUGGUGCUACAGGCUCUUCUGGUGCUGCUGAAGAAGCCGCCUCCAAAGGGUCGAAAGCUGCUGAUCAUCGGCACCACGAGUCGGAAAGACYUCCUCCAGGAGAUGGAGAUGUUGGACGCUUUCAGCACCACCGUCCACAUCCCCAACAUCUCAGGAGGCGAGCAGCUGGUCGAGGCGCUGGAGCUGCUGGGUUCCUUCCAGGAGAAAGAGCGUAUGAGCAUAGCUAAAGCUGUAAAAGGCCAACUUUUAUUCAUCGGGAUAAAAAAGCUGCUCAUGCUGAUUGAAAUGGCUGCACAGAUGGAUCCUGACUACAGGGUUAGUAAGUUCCUGAGUCUACUGAAGGAUGAAGGAGCACUGGGUUCUAAUAAGUUCGCAGGGAUCUAGACCCACUGGUCCCACAUAGUGAAGAAGAGGCAGCUUUCAAUGACGCUCAGCAGCGGGAGCCUGGAAGAGGCUGGCAGGAAUCCAUCCCUGAAGCUCUGUGGCGCAGACACCAACCAGGCCACCGUCUCCUCCUCGGCACUAUGUGAGCGCGUAAAAUCAGAUACAAACUCCGUGUUUGGGUUUCGUGUUUGCUGAUGGCUAAUGCUGUAAUCUGUGACGUUCCCGGCGCUCCUCUGGGAUUUUAUUCAGAUUUGUUUGAAGUUAAAAAGAGUCCGAGCUAACGACGCUGCUCCACGUCAGGAUGGGCAAACACUAAAGAUGUUUGUUUAUGCAGGUUUUAUUUGUGUGCACAGUAAUCUAAUCAUUCCAGGACACCAUGCUUCUGUCUCAUCUUUUUAUUGUAUGAAUAAAUUAAAUGUUGCUAACAAGAAA